AUGUCCGAUGACGAGGGUGGUUCACGCAUGGAUGUCAAGGACAUCCCUGGUCCGUCGAAGGCUAGCAAAAAAGGCGGCGAUAUUGCGCUCAAGAAAGGCCGUCGUAUCAGCCGUAGCAACCGGGCCGAAAAUGCACGCAACAUUAAAAUGAAGAAAGCAGCGGAAAAACGAGGACGGCAAGAGGAGCGGAAGAAGCUGCGGGAAAAGUUGGGCGAAAAGGCAGUGCCGAAGGAAGUGCCUCGGACAAUUGAAAGCACGCGGGAGCAUGACGUGACGAUGGUGGCCGCGGAGGACGAGGAGGUCGAACACGAUGAGGAGCACGACGAGUUCGCCAGCUAUUUCAACAGAGACACUACGCCGAAGGUCCUUAUCACAAUGUCGCCGUAUGCUAAAGUGAAAACGUGGAAGUUCUGUUAUGAACUCCAAAAAUGCAUUCCUGGAGCCGAUAUCUUCUCCAGAAAGAACGUUGCCCUGAAAAAGAUUGUCAAGCAGGCCAUCGAGAAAGAGUAUACGGACUUAUUGGUGGUUCAUGAGGACAUGAAAAUGCCGAAUGCCAUGAUUUUUUGCCAUCUGCCAGAGGGGCCAACGGCAUAUUUCAAGAUCAACAACCUAACAUUUACAAAGGAUAUUAAGAAAUCCGGUGAAAGCACUGACCACUACCCGGAGGUGAUUCUCAACAACUUCAAUACUCGCUUGGGACACUCUGUCGCCAGGAUGUUCGCCUGUUUAUUUCCGCACAAUCCAGAAUUCAAAGGUCGUCGCGUCGUGACAUUCCAUAAUCAGCGUGAUUACAUCUUCUUCAGGCAUCAUCGUUACGAAUUCAAGAAGGAAGGGAAGAAAGCUGCCCUCCUUGAAUUGGGCCCUCGGUUCACCCUCAGACUGAAAUGGCUCCAAAAGGGGACGUUCGACACGACUGGUGGAGAAUUCGAAUGGGUCCUCAAGCGCCACGAAAUGGAAACGAGUCGCCGUCGAUUCUUCCUC